GGGUAGUAGAGAGGAGAGAGGACCAAAUUCCUUCCUCGCUCCGACGCACAAAACUUUCUAGGACUACUAAUGGGAUCAUCAGAAACUGCCUUGCCUGAAGAAAUCUAGGGUUUCUUUUCUGGAUCACUGAUUUUGUGUUCUGAAGGGUUUGUUCCAACAAUGCUUCAACACCAAAUUGUACAGUCACCGGCGAGGCUUGGCCUCUCCAACCCAACUUCACCGUCUCUGCAAAACCCUACCCCUACACCUCCCAAAUUCCCCUCCUCCCAAACCCCGCCACCGUCUCAACACAACCAGAAUCAAUCCAACCUCUCAACCACCACAUCUUCCGCCCUCCUCUCUCUUCUUCCUCCACUCCCUCGCGCACAGUCAAUCCUCCUCCAGAUGGCCUCUCUCGCCUCCAAACUCUUCGAGGUCUCCCCCAACCGUGCUCUCUGGCUCACCGCCUUCCGCGGUUCUAUCCCCACCUUUCUCUCCUCCCAAUCCCAACACUCCCCUCACGAUUCCUCCUCCUCCUCCUCUCCUUCCUCUACCAAAGAAAUUCUGAUCCAAUUCACUACCCUCCAGACCCAGCUCUUUGAGGCUGUUGCUGAAUUACAAGAGAUUCUAGACCUCCAAGAUGCGAAGGUCAAACUCUCCCGUGAAAUUCGUGCCAAGGAUUCUGCCAUUCUCGCCUUUGCCAACAAGCUGAAGGAUGCCGAGCGCGUUCUUGAUGUGCUCGUUGAUGAUUAUUCCGAUUAUCGCCGACCCAAGAGAGGGAAAGUGGAGGAUGGUGGUGCCGACGAUGAAGAUAAUGGUGAGGACUCUUCUCGUAUCACCACUGUUUCUACUCAGUUGAAGUUAUCGGACAUUUUAUCUUAUGCGCAUAGGAUAAGCUACACGACCUUUGCUCCACCGGAGUUUGGGGCUAACCAAGCUCCUCUCCGAGGGGCACUCCCGCCAGCACCACAAGACGAGCAACUGCGGGCUUCUCAGUUAUAUAGUUUUGCUGAUCUCGAUGUGGGAUUGCCUAAGAUUGUGGACACCAGGGAGAAGACGAUUGAGCCAAUGAUAGAGCCUCCGCCACCUCCAGCAGAUACAAAUCCUCUUUCGAACCUACCAGGAAUUCAGGGUCUUCUUCCUCCGAAUAUUACUGUCCCUUCUGGAUGGAAACCUGGGAUGCCUGUGGAGCUGCCAACCGAUUUGGCGUCCAUUGUACCACCUCCAGGAUGGAAACCUGGGGAUCCUGUGUCGUUGCCACCUUUGGAUUCCCUUCCUUUGCCACCCAAAAUGCUGGAGCAACCUUUGCGUCCCAUUCCUCCUCAAGGAUUGCAAAGGCAACCUGAGACAAUUCAGGUUAGACAUGUUCAGCUCGAUAUUCUGGAUCAAGAUGAUGACAGUAGUGAUUACACUAGCGAUGAGGGAAGCUCGGAUGAUGAUGAGUGAGACAAGCAAGCUCUUGGAGAAAUACAGUCCAUUAGCCGAGAGAGUGACAGGACCGAUUUGAGGUCUGAAGCUAUAAAGUUGUGGCUCUGCUGAACACUUGAAGAUUAUCUGGGAAUCAAAGCCACAGUUGAAGAAAUUUGCAAUUGAAUUUUGAGAGUUAUAUAUACAGGUUUAUUGACCUGUAGAGUCCAUGUUCAAUAGUUGCUUGAAACAAAUCAGGCGAGUUUUUCUUUGGUCCCCUGUUAUAACAAACUCUGACAUUCCUGGUUCUAGUUCACAGAGUGAAUCCAGAGGACAUAUUAUCUGUGUAAAUUUAAAUUAUGGAGUUUGUCACACUGUUGCUCCUAAACGUUGAUCUUGUUCAUGACGAUCAAUAGCAGUCUAUAUAUAUCAUUAUAUAUUGACCAAUUUGCUGCU